GAAAAAACAAAGAUCACAAAAAGAAAAAUUAAAGAAAAAGAGGUUUUCUGGGGCAGACAAGGAGCAAACAGCAAGAUUCCCAGUUCAACAGAAGCGUCAGAAACAACAACAAUCCUAAUUUCACAAAAUGCUCCCUACCGGAAAAAUGCAUUGAAUCGGAAAGACCCAGAAAAGCUCUUGUCGACUCUGACGAACUGGGAAAUGGAGUCGAGCAUACUGGAAUCGAUCGGGGUGGAGAUCAUCGGAGUAAUGUCCCCGGUUUCGAUCUGUAUGCUUCUGGUGGUUCUGAUCGUCUACUCCCUCUCCCCUGCCGCCGAUUUAGCGCCGCCGAUUCGCUCCGCCGCUAACCUUGUUUACCUGGAGGUACCCACGGACUCCACUACCCAGAAGCUUGAGGGCGCCUUGCUCAAUGCCUUGGUUUUCGUCAUCAUAAUUGCCGUCGUCACUUUCCUUCUCCUUCUGCUCUACUACUACAAUUGCACCGGCUUCUUGAAGAAUUACAUGCGGUUUUCCACAUUUUUCGUGUUGGGUAGCAUGGGAGGCUCGAUUUUCCUGUCAAUAAUUCAGCAUUUCUCGAUACCCGUCGAUUCAAUCACCUGCUUUGUUUUGCUGUUCAAUUUCACAAUAGUGGGUGUAUUAUCGGUCUUCUCUAGUGGCAUACCAAUCUUCUUGAGGCAAGCAUAUAUGGUAGCACUGGGAAUAUUUGUGGCGGCUUGGUUUACAAAGUUACCUGAAUGGACUACCUGGGCGCUGCUAGUAGCAUUGGCAGUCUAUGAUUUGGUUGCAGUUCUGGCACCAGGUGGGCCACUGAAAUUGCUGGUCGAGUUGUCCCAAAGCAGGGACGAGGAGCUACCUGCACUGAUAUAUGAAGCACGGCCAACUGUUUCAGCCGAUCCACGCAAUCAAGUCCGGAGCAUGGAGCUUCUGUUUGGUACAGCUUUGCAGUCUGGAUCCGUGGAGAUGCAACCCAUCUCUGGGGACCACAUAGGUAGCAGGGAAGGUGGUGAGCACAAUGUUCGUCCUGAACUUAUUGAAGCGCGGUCCAUGAAUUCGAGCAAUUCGGAAGAUCAUCUGCAAGAUAGAGAUGAAGUUGAGAGGUCUCCACUGGUGGGUGGUGGUUUAGGGGGAAGGCAAUCUUCAGGCAGUAGUGGAUCAGAGUAUUCGGUAGUUGUUGGCAGUCGUGAGCCCCCCGAGAUCGUUGUAGUUGCAGAUGAAGAAAGGUCUCCUCUGGUUGACUCUCGAAGACAUGGAAAUGCGAACGAGAGAGCAGUGAGAAGGAUGGAUGAUGAUGAUGAUGAUUCGGACUCUGUGUUAGCAAGUAGCGGGAUUAAGCUGGGUCUAGGAGACUUCAUUUUCUACAGUGUCCUUGUUGGUAGGGCUGCAAUGUAUGAUCUAAUGACAGUGUAUGCAUGCUACCUUGCUAUUAUUUCAGGGCUUGGCUGCACUCUCAUUUUGUUGUCGGUCUGCCGUCAAGCACUGCCAGCUCUCCCUAUAUCAAUAGCAUUGGGAGUCGUCUUUUACUUCUUGACGCGGUUAUUAAUGGAACCUUUUGUUGUCGGGACAGCAACGAACCUAUUGAUGUUCUGAGAGACAAGUAAGAAGAUGAUCUGUUUGGUUAUUCCACUAGCCAAGCCUGCACCAGUGCUGUUAGGUAUGUCUUUUGGAGGCAUUUCUUUUGCUGAUAUAACUCUUCAAAGAAACUAACUCGCACCAUCUCUCGAUCUUUCAUAUCAUAAGGAUUUCUCACAGCUUAAGAACUCGACUGCAAUGCAAGUACCAGGAGAGCCAGGUUUAGCCGUUUAGGUAUACAGAUAUGGAACCGUCUUCCUGCUAUAGUAUCUGUAGUAGUAAACUAGCUAUCGCCACAUUUGGCAUUUCUUUUGUUUGAACCUUGGAGUCUUCAGAAGCAGAAGCAGAACCAGAUGAUUGUGGUUAUCAUAUGGCUCGCUCAGUUCGUUGAAUUAUCUGAUUAAGAGACCAUUUUCAGGGUCUGGAAUGAGUGUGUAGGAGAGGAGACUGAUGUUUAGUAUGGUAUGUAGGGAUUUACAUUUGUCCCCUGUUUAACUGCGGAACAGCAUACCCUAUUAUUACAUGAAAGUAUACUCCUGUGGUAGCUUCCUAUUUUACAUAAAGAUUAGGUGUGUGCUCAACAUGACUCAGAUUCCUGAUCUUAGGAUUAUGAACCGAUCUCAUUGCUGUCACGACGACCAAGAUUGUGAGCCACAAUGCGGAAUUAGGAUGCAUUCGCAUUUUUGGUGAGUAUCCAGUCCUACUGCUGAGAAUCAAUGGGUUCUGUUUUCUGCACUGUUGUAAGCAGUUACGAGCAGUAGUUGAAUUAUUAAUGGGUUUGCCACCUUGCACUAUUAGAUCAGCUGAGUUUUCGAGUAGCGUACCUGCAAAGCACCAGAAGAACCUUUAGAUGCUCGAGAAUCUACAUGGCCUUUGAGACUGUACCAUGUUCUCAGUGGCGGAUACAUGUACUAAAAUUUGGGACAACAUUUGGGACAACGAUUAUUCAACCCUCAGUAGUAGUUUCGUAUGGAUAGAAAAAAUAUAAUUGGUAAUUCGGG